AUGAAGUCGAUAGACAGGAAGGUGUUGCUUCCCUUCUAUUGCGCUCUUUAUGUCUUCGCCCUGGAGUAUACCAGCCCGGCAUUGUCCUCCUUCAUAUCGCCGUUACCGGACGCUCACAACUUUGGGAGGGCGGCGCUCAAGAGUCGAUGCGGAAGGAGAGACCCGCGAAUACUUGAGGCGAACCAAGUCCUCGUGCGACUGAGAAUGAAGACUCUUGCUCCGCACACCGUCGGGCCGGAGUCCAACAAGAACUCUGGUGGAGGCAACUCCGUGCUGCGUCCGCACGGCGCGGUUUCAGCCACGGCACCCUUCACGUCUAGCUCAAAGCUGAUGAACCAGCGGGUGGAGGACACUCAGACUGAUGAUGUGAACGCGACUUUCGCGCUGGGUAAAGAGUUGGUGAGAGCUGGCAAGACCAACGAGGCCAAGUUGUUGUACCAGGAAGCCCUGUUGAGAAACUCGGGCAAUGGCAAGAUGUGGAUGAAGCUGUUUAAACUGCACAGGUCGCAAGGAAGCCUGGAAGAAGCGCGCUCCUCUGUGCGGGAAGCACUGCGGCACAACCCUUGCAAUGCUGUCUUGUGGCAGGCGUGGGCAGACCUCGAGAAAGACCUUGGAAGGCAUGACGCCGCUCGGCAGUUGUUCAAGAAGGGCAUCGAGGCGAACCCAAGACUGCCGUCCCUGUACAACUCAUGGGGUAGGAUGGAGCGCGAUCUCGGCAACGUACAGACUGCCCGGCAGAUACUGGAAGAUGGACUGAAGCAAGCUCCCACAUCCGCGCGCCUGCUCAUUGCGCUCGGGAUCCUAGAGGACGUCGAGGGGAACAACGAGAAUGCCCGCCAUCUUCUGCUCCAUGGCAUCCAAUCCGAGCCAAACAAUCCCUUCACUUAUCAGGCCAUUGCAAUGCUCGAGUAUAAGUUAGGUAACGUGGCUGAUGCCCGAGAACAUCUUCGUCGUGCCAUAGCGUGCGACCGGGACCAUUCAAUGUCAUGGUUGAGUUGGGCCAGGCUGGAAGAGAACCUGGGAAACCUUGACAACGCGCGAACAGUCUAUUCCAAUGCCUGUAAGUCGUGUGGCGGUAGGGGAACUGCCAAUCUUUGGCAGUCGUGGGCAAGGAUGGAGGAGCAGCAGUCAAAUGACAGAGUGGCUAUAGACAUCUACAAGAAAGCGAUAGCUUUCUUUCCGAAGGACGCACAGCUGUUGGUUGAAUACGGCAAGCUGCUGGAAAGACGUGGAGAGAUCGAGACUGCAAGGAGAAUGCUGAAGGAGGCGUUGAAAGCCGACGGCUCCAACAUUUACGUCUAUCAAUGUCUCGGGCGAUUGGAAGCAAGCCAGUUCAACUAUGAGCAAGCUCGCGUCGUCUUUUCUGCUGGAAUUUCUGCAGCGGAGGCCCAAGUACAGAGCAUGUUCAACUUCUCUCGCUCUUCUGAGAGCGGCAGGUCAAAGUUGGAUCGAGCCAUGGCGGAUCUGCUCCACACAUGGGCAAUCUUUGAGGAGAAGGUCGGCAACAACGUCAACCUGUCGCGAUCUUUGUUUCACCGGGCCAUCGGCUGCUGUGAGACUGAGGGCUGGUUGUGGCGAUCCUUCGCGGAGUUUGAGAGGAGACAGGGAAACACUCUGGUAGCGCGACACUACUUUGCCAUGGCCGUCAACAAUGAACCUCGCGAUGGACUCAACUGGAUUUCAUGGUCUCAGCUCGAGGAGAGCAUGGGCGAGAGCCACCGAGCAAGUUUCUACUCCAGACGAGGGGCAGAACUUCAGGCAAGGCAGCAGAUCCGUCAAGCCCGACCGGUCGGGAAGUUGGCCCAUCCGCGUGCCACGGUCGCCCGACUCUCAGGUCGGAUCCGGCUGUUGGUAACGGCGUUGCUCAUGCAGCAGACGGUGGUGACAUGCGGUCUUCAAUGCUUAUCGAACAAUGGCAACUCCACCACUGCAUUCCCCUCAAACACCUCUAAGACUUUGGAGUGCCAGAGCAAGUACGCAUGCGGAGCUGUGCUGCUGUAUGGAAUUGACAGCGCUUACUUCAAGAAAGGCUGCGGAGACAACAAGUCAAUGCCUUGCAACUGUAUGCUGACUUGUUUACCGAACUGGGUGAGCACAGGAGAAGGGACCUGGACGAUGAUGGUGGAUAGGCAAAAGCUAGAGGGCAAGACCUUUACCAAGCUGUGUACCUCAAACAAUUGCAACAUGGAUUGCAGUGGAGCGGCAGACCUGACAACCUUCCAGCAGUUGGCUAUCUACGCGGUUCUAGUCACCCUGCAUCUUCAGAACGUCUUUUGUUGAGACGAGUUUGCGCAUAAGAAUGGAAUGGUGGGAAACCAAUCCCUCGAAUGGCGAGGGAAAUAAUUAUAUUGCGAGGAUGAUGUGAUUGUGUAGUUUUUAACAAGAAGCAAUACAUGUACAUGCAUAGGUUG